UAAUAGAGAAGCUGAUUGCAGAAUUUCUAGCUGGAUCAUAAACCAUACCAGGAUUAUCUUUUUACAAAACCCUUAACCCCCUAGUUGGGUAAUCAAGAGCCGCAAAGCUGCUGUCCACGUGGACUGGUGCUGAAAUUUCUCGCCUGGCUGCUAGAGCCACUCCAGCUAAGCCCAGAGACAUGGCAACAAAUGGAACAAAAGUUGCAGAUGGACAAAUCUCAACUGAAGUUAGUGAUGCUUCAAUCACCAAUGACAAACCUAAAACCUUGGUGGUAAAAGUGCAGAAGAAGAAAUCAGAUAUUCCGGACAGAGACACCUGGAAAGGAAGAUUUGACUUUCUUAUGUCCUGUGUUGGUUAUGCCAUUGGUUUAGGGAAUGUGUGGCGAUUUCCAUACCUUUGUGGCAAGAAUGGUGGAGGUACNNNNCUGAUUCCAUAUUUCCUUACUUUAAUUUUUGCUGGAGUUCCACUGUUUCUUUUGGAAUGUUCCCUUGGCCAGUACACAUCUAUAGGAGGCCUCGGAGUUUGGAAGCUUGCUCCAAUGUUUAAAGGUGUUGGAUUAGCUGCUGCUGUCCUGUCCUUUUGGCUAAAUAUUUACUACAUUGUGAUUAUUUCUUGGGCCAUAUAUUACCUAUAUAAUUCAUUUACCACAAAUCUCCCUUGGAGACACUGUGAGAAUUCAUGGAACACAGACCGCUGUUUCUCCAAUUAUACUAUAGCAAAUACCACCAACAUGACAAGUGCAGUGCUUGAAUUUUGGGAACGUAACAUGCACCAAAUGACUGAUGGUUUGGAAAAACCAGGGCAGAUCCGAUGGCCAUUAGCAAUUACACUGGCAAUUGCCUGGAUUCUGGUGUACUUUUGCAUCUGGAAGGGGGUAGGCUGGACAGGAAAGGUGGUCUACUUCUCUGCUACUUAUCCAUAUGUCAUGCUGCUUAUCUUGUUCUUCCGUGGAGUAACACUGCCUGGAGCAAGGGAAGGCAUUUUGUUCUAUAUAACUCCUAACUUCAGUAAACUUUCUGAUUCUGAGGUAUGGCUGGAUGCUGCCACACAGAUUUUUUUCUCCUAUGGUUUGGGUCUUGGUUCACUGAUUGCUCUUGGAAGUUACAACCCUUUCCACAAUAAUGUUUACAGGGAUUCCAUUAUAGUGUGCUGCAUAAAUUCAUGCACAAGUAUGUUUGCUGGCUUUGUCAUCUUCUCCAUUGUUGGGUUCAUGGCUAAUGUCACCAAGAGGCCUAUUGCAGAUGUAGCAGCAUCAGGUCCCGGACUGGCAUUUUUAGCUUAUCCAGAAGCAGUGACACAGUUACCGAUCUCUCCUUUGUGGGCAAUUCUGUUCUUCUCCAUGUUGCUUAUGCUUGGAAUAGACAGCCAGUUCUGCACUGUGGAAGGAUUCAUAACAGCCUUGGUGGAUGAAUUUCCAAAGUUAUUACGCAAUCGAAGAGAAAUAUUCAUUGCCGUUGUCUGUAUUGUUUCCUAUCUGAUAGGACUGUCCAAUAUUACUCAGGGUGGAAUUUAUGUGUUUAAGCUUUUUGACUAUUACUCUGCCAGUGGAAUGAGUCUCUUGUUUCUUGUAUUCUUUGAAUGCAUCUCCAUAUCCUGGUGCUAUGGUGUUAACAGAUUUUAUGACAAUAUCCAAGAGAUGGUGGGAUACAGACCUUGCAUCUGGUGGAAACUCUGCUGGUCAUUCUUUACUCCUAUAAUUGUGGCAGGAGUGUUUAUCUUCAGUGCUGUCCAGAUGACUCCUCUUACUAUGGGGAACUAUGUUUUCCCAACAUGGGGCCAAGGGGUUGGCUGGCUUAUGGCUCUUUCUUCUAUGGUGCUGAUUCCAGGCUAUAUGGCAUACAUGUUUCUUACUUUAAAAGGCUCCUUAAAACAGCGUAUCCAAGUAAUGAUUCAGCCAAGUGAAGACAUAAUUCAUCCUGAAAGUGAGCCAGAACAAGCCCAGCAAAGCAACUCUGCCAACAAAGAAGCAUAUAUUUAAAUUUUGGUAUUGGAAAGGUACAAAUGGCAUUCUGGAAAAAAGGAAAACAAAAAUAGGUUGAAUAUGACCGCAACUUUAUGUCUGAGAAUAUAAUCACCUACCUCUAGUGCCAAACAAAAAAACAAAAACAAAACAAAACAAUAAGACCAUCUCCACUAUAAGGAAAUCAUUGUGGGUAUGACCAAACUGUUUUGUGGGCUCAGAUGUUAACAGUGUUUUGUGUUUUUUGGCAAUCCACAGACUGUUAAUAUUUUUAUCCUUUCACAAUAAGAGUUGAAUUCUUGCAAUUUGUAAAUUGACAUGUAAGACAUUUUUAAUCUACCUUUUAGCACGACGAUUUGAGGUUUUGUGCUGCUGACUUUUACUAGUUAAUCAAUAUUUCUUAUUGCCAAAUCCCUAGACUGUUAUUUCUGACUUUGCAGGAGUACAAUUACAUUUGAAAGUUGUUUCAUAUACAAGAAUAAAGUAUUUUGUAUGCAUAUGAUUUCUAGUAAGAAGUUUGCCCUUAAAAUUCAUACUAGUAAAAGCUAUUAUAUUUUCAUCCUUUUAUUGAUAGUGAAAUAUACUUUAUCUUUUAAAAGCAGUAUUUUAUUUUAAUUUGCCAUGCGUUAAUACUCUAUGAAUUUCAGAUGCAUGUUAUAGAGGCAAAAUGUUUCAUUUUGACAUUUUUUAGGAAAAUAUGUGAGAAUAUCAAACUCUCUAGAGCUCUUACUAACAUUCCCAGAUAAAAGCAGUACAUUUUUUUUGUAUUCUCAAUCUCAACCAGCCAUUGCUUCUGUUUAUACUUUGUCAUUAACAACUAUUUUACACUGCCACCAUAACAGAAAUCAAACAGUGUUUUAAAUAUGGACCAUACUCCAAAAAUUCUAAUUUAGUGCUCUAAACCAUGGAUUAUUCAGUCUCUUAAGGGACUUUAAACUUGGUUUGUAUUUAACAAGCAAAUUAUAAAUCUUAAACUUUUUCUAGCAUUUUGAAGACAGUUUUAUUUUUAGGAUUUUUAUUUACAUAUACAUUAUUUAUAGUGGUGAAGGUAUGAGAGAAAGCUAUUUCUAUAAUAUAAAAACUCCAGUAUAGACUCUUUUAGGCAUUUCCUCUACAACUAAGAACUCCCAAUGAAGAUAAUGGAAGUUCUUCCUGUGUAGACAAUGUAAGAUCAGGCCCUCUAUCACAUUUCUUGUUUGGCAGCUAUAAGACAACAAGGGGCAUGGAAAAUGCAGUAUUUGAUGUUUGAUUGUAAAUGACUGUGACAGAACUGUGCAAUGAAACCUGCUUUUCAGCAAACUUUUGUGCAACCUACAAUAUUAGAUAGCACACAGAUUAUGUAGAAUUAUGUGAAAAAAUAGCUGUGAAUGUUGGGUCUUUUGUUGUUUUUGUCUGAAGGUGACCAACAUAUGUUCUUGCAAUAAGGUAUUAUUCUCAGAAUGUCAAGUACAUUAUUGUAGUAAAUACACACACACACACAUAGUUCAACCUAAGUAAUGAAAUCUCAUAAACGAGUAUUGUUUGGUAGCUCUUAACCUGUUUCAUACAGUAGAUCAGCUGUAAAAUAUUUUGAAAUCUAAGAUACACUCUAAAUGUCUAUAGAUAAAUGCAAAGUCUUGUAAGCUAUCAGGGGGUAGAAAAAAUAAACAUACGUCGUAUGUAUCACAUAUAAUACAUCCACAUUAUAAUUGUGAAUUUCAUUAGACUAAGGAUAAAAACCUUCAACUUUCUCUUUAUUGUUUAAUGUAAUCAAGUCCCAUGUUGUUCUAAGAAAAAUGCAGUAUUUAAUGUUUGAUUGUAAACAAUUAUGGCAUAUGUUUGGCAGACCUGCUGUUUAGCAAAAAUCUGUACAAACUUAUCAUAUAUAGCACAAAAUAGUGUUGUAGAACUACUGUGUGUAAACUGUGAAUAGCUGUAUCUUUUUGUAGUAUCUACCCUAAAGAAGAAAAAAAAUAUUGUAUGAUCAUAUAUGCUUUUUGCAAUAAGGAAUUAUUAUCUGAACACCAAGCAAAUCUAUCUCUAUAUAAAAAAAUAUAUGUAAUAUAUACAUAUUCUAAAAUAUAUACAGAGCCUGUUUAAAAGAGUACAGUAUUAUUUAGUAAAUUGAAAAUUGUUCUAUGGACCAAAUGUAAAAUAUUUAUAAAUUAAGAUGCAUUUUAAAUGUCUAUAAAUGGUGUCAUACUUAAAGCACGGUUGUUAUGUAAGUUUCCAAGAGUUU